AGCUAUCCUACACUGAGUUUAGCUAGAUCAAUUUGUGAGCUUAGCAUAUCGGCCAUGGCUUCCAGGACAUGGCAUUUCUUGCUCGCCCUCUCCCUCCUCUCCUCCGCCGCAUAUGGGCAGCUCUCGCCGUCCUUCUACGCCACGAGCUGCCCCCUGCUGGAGCUCACCGUGCGCGCCACCAUGAUCGCCGCGCUCCUCGCCGAGCGCCGAAUGGGCGCCUCCCUCCUCAGGCUCCACUUCCAUGACUGCUUUGUUCAAGGCUGUGACGGAUCCAUUCUUCUGGAUGAUGUGGGCAGCUUCGUCGGCGAGAAGACGGCCUUCCCGAACGUGAACUCCGUGCGCGGCUACGAGGUGAUCGACCGGAUCAAGGCCACCGUGGAGCUUGUCUGCCCCGGCGUCGUCUCCUGCGCCGACAUCGUCGCCCUUGCCGCACGCGACGGCACGUUUCUGCUAGGCGGGCCGAGCUGGGCGGUGCCGCUGGGCCGGCGGGACUCGACGACGGCGAGCCUGGCAGAGGCGAACGCCGACCUCCCAGGGCCGACGCUGAACCUCGACCAGCUCAUCCGCGCGUUCGACAAGAAGCAGCUGACCCCGCGCGACCUCACGGCGCUCUCCGGCGCGCACACCAUCGGCUUCUCGCAGUGCCAGUUCUUCCGCGACCACAUCUACAACGGCACCAACAUCGACCCGGCCUUCGCGGCGCUGCGCCGGCAGACAUGCCCCGCCGCGGCCCCUGCCGGCGACGCCAACCUGGCGCCGUUCGAUGCGCAGACCCAGCUCGUCUUCGACAACGCCUACUACCGCAACCUGGUCGCCCAGCGCGGCCUGCUACACUCGGACCAGGAGCUCUUCAACGGCGGCUCCCAGGACGCGCUGGUGCGCCAGUACGGCUCCAACCCGGCGCUCUUCGCCGCCGACUUCGUGACCGCCAUGAUCAAGAUGGGCAACAUCGCCCCCCUCACAGGGGCCAGCGGCCAGAUCAGGCGCAACUGCAGGGUCGUCAACAGUUGAUCAAUCGUCGAAAUGAUCAAUUGAUUAUGCUACGUGGUGACGGAGAUGUCUCAAGUUUGGUUGGCUACGAAGGUAACCAACCAGCAUGCAUGCAUGGCAGAAUAAGAGCCGUUUGUUCAGGUUUAGAUGAUUGUUGCCUUUGUCCGUGAUUCAUCAGUGCUAAUAUGAUGGCAAAUUGGCAA